AUGGAGAUUGUCGGUCUUGUGAGCGGCGGUAAAGAUAGCUGCUACAAUUUGAUGUGUGCUGCUAGGGAAGGUCAUCGGAUAGUGGCCUUGGCUAAUCUGCAUCCGCCGAAAGAUUCGAAAAGCGAUGAACUCGAUUCGUACAUGUACCAGAGUGUCGGAGCAGAUGGCGUCGAGCUCUACAGUGAAGCGAUGGGAAUCCCAUUGUAUAGGCGUGCGAUUCACGGCAAGCCGAACAAUCAAAAUUACGAUUAUGAGAAGACGGACGGCGACGAGGUCGAGGAUCUUUACGAUCUUCUCGCCGACGUGAAACGCUCGCAUCCGAAUGUGGCGGGCGUUGCGGCGGGCGCGAUUCUCUCGAGCUAUCAGAAGUUGCGGGUUGAAGACGUCUGUCGGCGGCUCGAUUUGGUUCCAGUUUGCUAUUUAUGGGAACGCGAUCAAAAUGAGCUCCUUCAAGAAAUGAUCGAUUCGGGUCUCGACGCGAUUCUCAUCAAAGUCGCCGCCAUCGGCCUGAAUCGAAGUCAUCUCGGCAUGACGCUCAAACAGAUCCAACCGACGAUGCUCGAUCUCCAAUCGAAGUUCGGCGUUCAUCCAUGCGGCGAGGGCGGCGAAUUCGAGACGUUCGUACGCGACUGCUCACUAUUCAAAAAGCGCAUUGUGAUCGAUGAGACGGAAGUCGUCGCCCACCACAAUGAUCCGAUCGCGCCCGUUUUCUAUUUGAGAUUGAAAAAAAUGCAUUUGGAGACGAAAUCGACACCGGUUGGCCCUUGA